AGCGACAGAGACAGACAGACAGGAAGGAAGGAAGGAAGGAAGGAAGGGAGGAAGGAAGGAAGGAAGGAAGGAAGGAAGGAAGGAAGGAAGGAAGGAAGGAAGGAAGGAAGGAAGGAAGGAAGGAAGGAAGGAAGGAAGGAAGGAAGGAAGGAAGGAAGGAAGGAAGGAAGGAAGGAAGGAAGGAAGGAAGGAAUUGAGCUGAGCUGGACUGGGAUACUCUGGACUCUCCCAGAGCUCUCUUCAGCGACGGGCACAGGUGUGUUUGUGUGUGUGUGUGUGUUUCAGAGAGAGGGAGUGUGUGUAUAACCGGCUCAGUGCCAUACUGCAUGCUCAGCAGUUUAGAAGGCUUCUGAGAAAGUUUCCCUCAUUGUGCAAAAUGCCAACCGUACAUGCUUGUCUGAAUCUGUUCUGUACACUGUAUGUGUACAGUGAUUUCACAUUUAUUAACAAACACUACCUACAGAUUCAUGGGACGGCGAUGGGCAAAAAGUUCGCCCCGGCCUAUGCUAAUAUUUAUAUGGCAGACUGGGAGUUGACAGCCUUGGCUAAAUGCCCAUUGCGUCCCAUGUUUUAUAUACGAUACCUGGAUGAUAUCUUCAGAGUGUGGGAACAUGAUCUGGUACAUUUCACAACAUUAAUUUAAAUACUCAAAAACCAUCAUCCUACCAUAACAGUUAAAUAUGUCAUCCACCCACAUACAAUCAACUUAUUGGACACAACCAUUUUUCCCCCCAGAUACUGACACGCACAUAGUCUCCUUACAAACAAAAGUAUAUUUCAAGGACACAGACACACACGCCCUACUCCACAAGUCCAGUUAUCACCCAAAACAUACAUUCACUGGCAUUGUCAAAUCACAACUCAUUGGAUUCCAUAGACUAUGUACACAACAGAAAGACUUCCAUUCAGCCACACAGACCCUCUUUAGUACACUGGGGAAGAGGGGAUACUCAAAGCGGUCAUUGAGGUACAUAAAGGCAAACACACUGGAAGGCCUUACCCAGAACAGAGUGCUUGAUCCCUCCAAACCCAACACACUGGAAGGCCUUACCCAGAACAGAGUGCUUGAUCCCCCCAAACCCAACACACUGGCAGGCCUUACCCAGAACAGAGUGCUUGAUCCCCCCAAACCCAACACACUGGAAGGCCUUACCCAGAACAGAGUGCUUGAUCCCUCCAAACCCAACACACUGGAAGGCCUUACCCAGAACAGAGUGCUUGAUCCCUCCAAACCCAACACACUGGCAGGCCUUACCCAGAACAGAGUGCUUGAUCCCCCCAAACCCAACACACUGGAAGGCCUUACCCAGAACAGAGUGCUUGAUCCCUCCAAACCCAACACACUGGCAGGCCUUACCCAGAACAGAGUGCUUGAUCCCUCCAAACCCAACACACUGGAAGGCCUUACCCAGAACAGAGUGCUUGAUCCCUCCAAACCCAACACACUGGAAGGCCUUACCCAGAACAGAGUGCUUGAUCCCUCCAAACCCAACACACUGGCAGGCCUUACCCAGAACAGAGUGCUUGAUCCCUCCAAACCCAACACACUGGAAGGCCUCACACAGAACAGAGUGCUUGAUCCCUCCAAACCCAACACACUGGAAGGCCUUACCCAGAACAGAGUGCUUGAUCCCUCCAAACCCAACACACUGGAAGGCCUUACCCAGAACAGAGUGCUUGAUCCCUCCAAACCCAACACACUGGAAGGCCUUACCCAGAACAGAGUGCUUGAUCCCUCCAAACCCAACACACUGGAAGGCCUUACCCAGAACAGAUUUCCUGAUCCCCCUAACCUUAAAUUUAAUCUUAACCCUAACCUUAACCCUAACCUUAACCCUAACCCUAACCUUAAUCCUAACCCUAACCUUAACCUUAACCCUAACCCUAACCCUAACCCUAACCCUAACCCUAACCCUAACCUUAACCUCCAUAACUUUCCCUGCAGAACUCUGGACCAGGGACUCCUGAUCUGGGUGAACAGCCCACACCUAUUCUUAACCCUUUCCCGAUCCCGUAUCCUAUCCCUGUCCUUCACCCUCAGACCUUUCCCAGACCCCCUGUUCCUAUUCCCCCAACAGAUUCAGAACCCCAGAUUAUACCCCUCAUCAGCACCUUCUCAGACAUAAACAGACUCCUUCAUUCUAGACUCAAAGCCGCAUUAACCCAAACACAACAUACAUUUCCCCCACUCCAGGAAUUCAGAUCUAUAUCAGCAUUCCGCAGAAUCCCCAACCUAAGGGAUCUCUUAGUCUAUGCAAAAUGUUCCAACAAACCCACUCCUAAACCACCUAUUGAACAACAGGACUAUAGACAACUCUCACUCAUUCAAAAUCCACAUGCACAAACCUCCAGUCCUAUUCGACAACUCAUGACCAUUCUGAGCACCAACAUUGUCUAUAACAUAACAUGCACAUUAUGCUACAACAUUUAUAAAGGAGGAACCAGGCACACAGUCUUGACACGCCUCAAACAGCACCUCUACACAAUUGAAAAAAACAUAUUACAACCACACCUGGUAAAACACUUUCAAAAUCGGUCUGGAUAUGAAUGCCUCCUGGACCAUAGGCCAGAGAAGAGCAGCUGAAUCCAGGUGGAUAGCAAAACUUAAGACCUUGGCUCCACUUGCUAUGAAUGGUAAAGAGUAGGAUAAAGCAUUGACCGUGGGAGGUAGUGAGGGCCUAAUUAAGAGAGCCGGAGGGGCCAACAACACAAGGAGGAAGUUCAAUAAAAAAGAAUGUAUUUAUUUGCUCAAUCUGUUUUAUCUUUUUUUAUUCAAUUUUAUUAUAUCAAGCACUUUUACAUAGCACUUAUCUUUGAAGCACUUAAUCCCUUCAUCCCUUGGUGGGAUUUCCCAUUAUGUACUUACUUAUUUAAUUAUUUAUCUAUUCAUUUAUUGAUCCAGUUUGCAUGUUUUUUAUUAUGAUUUUAUAAAAAAACAUUUGUUUUAAAAUUAAACUGGUUUACCCCCAGCACUUUAUCAACAAUUGUCUUCUUCCUGUUGUUGAACUGUCAUGGGUGACCCCUUGGAGCUCUCGGCCUUUCAUGUUCUCUCACCCUCUCCAGACAGGGGUGAUGUACAAAAUAGAAAUAGGGCAGAAAGUUGCAAUAGGCCCGUGCAAUCCAAGGUUUGAUACCAGCAUAAACAGAAACCCUCUCAACCCUAACCCUAACCCUAACCCCUAGUCUCAACCCUAACCUACCCCUAGUCUCAGCCCUAACCCUAACCCUACCCCUAGUCUCAACCCUAACCCUAACCCUACCCUAGUCUCAACCCUAACCCUAGCCUACCCCUAGUCUCAACCCUAACCCUAACCCUACCCCUAGUCUCAACCCUAAACCUUAUCCCUAGUCUCAACCCUAACCCUAAACCUAUCCCUAGUAGCAGCUAACCCUCCCCUAAUAAACCUUAAUUUGUGGGUAAAACACAACACUUAUCCUCAUCUGGGGGGUAACUGAGGGUAUGAUGCCUCUUCAGUGAGCUGUAGAGGAUAGGGGACAGUGAAACAGUGAGCUGUAGAAGAUAGGGGACAGUGAAACAGUGAGCUGUAGAAGAUAGGGGACAGUGAAACAGUGAGCUGUAGAAGAUAGGGGACAGUGAAACAGUGAGCUGUAGAAGAUAGGGGACAGUGAAACAGUGAGCUGUAGAAGAUAGGGGAAAGUGAAACAGUGAGCUGUAGAAGAUAGGGGACAGUGAAACAGUGAGCUGUAGAGGAUAGGGGACAGUUAAACAGUGAGCUGUAGAAGAUAGGGGACAGUGAAACAGUGAGCUGUAGAAGAUAGGGGACAGUGAAACAGUGAGCUGUAGAAGAUAGGGGACAGUGAAACAGUGAGCUGUAGAAGAUAGGGGACAGUGAAACAGUGAGCUGUAGAAGAUAGGGGACAGUGAAACAGUGAGCUGUAGAAGAUAGGGGACAGUGAAACAGUGAGCUGUAGAAGAUAGGGGACAGUGAAACAGUGAGCUGUAGAAGAUAGGGGACAGUGAAACAGUGAGCUGUAGAGGAUAGGGGACAGUUAAACAGUGAGCUGUAGAAGAUAGGGGACAGUGAAACAGUGAGCUGUAGAGGAUAGGGGACAGUGAAACAGUGAGCUGUAGAGGAUAGGGGACAGUGAAACAGUGAGCUGUAGAAGAUAGGGGACAGUGAAACAGUGAGCUGUAGAAGAUAGGGGACAGUGAAACAGUGAGCUGUAGAAGAUAGGAUAGGGGACAGUGAAACAGUGAGCUGUAGAAGAUAGGGGACAGUGUUGAGAAAAAAAAAAGUGUUGAGAAAAAAAAGAGCAGAAGUAAAAUAAAGUUACAGUAGGGAGGCUAUAUAUACAGGGGGUAAUGUUGCAGAGUCAAUGUGCGGGGGCACCGGCUAGUUGAGGUAGUUGAGGUAAUAUGUACAUGUGGGUAGAGUUAAAGUGACUAUGCAUAAAUAAUUAACAGAGUAGCAGCAGCGUAAAAAGGAUGGGGUGGGGGGGCAGUGCAAAUAGUCCGGGUAGCCAUGAUUAGCUGUUCAGGAGUCUUAUGGCUUGCGGGUAGAAGCUGUUGAGAAGUCUUUUGGACCUAGACUUGGCACUCCGGUACCGCUUGCCGUGCGGUAGCAGAGAGAACAGUCUAUGACUAGAGUGGCUGGAGUCUUUGACAAUUUUGAGGGCCUUCCUCUGACACCGCCUGGUAUAGAGGUCCUGGAUGGCAGGAAGCUUGGCCCCAGUGAUGUACUGGGCCGUACGCACUACCCUCUGUAGUGCCUUGCGGUCGGAGGCCAAGCAGUUGCCAUACCAGGCGGUGAUGCAACCAGUCAGGAUAAUCUCGAUGGUGCAGCUGUAGAAUUUUUUGAGGAUCUGAGGACCCAUGCCAAAUCUUUUCAGUCUCCUGAGGGGGAAUAGGCUUUGUCGUUCCCUCUUCAUGACUGUCUUGGUGUGUUUGGACCAUGAUAGUUCGUUGGUGAUGUGGACACCAAGGAACUUGGUUGUUGUCCUGGCACCACACGGCCAGGUCUCUGACCUCCUCCCUAUAGGCUGUCUCAUCGUUGUCGGUGAUCAGGCCUACCACUGUUGUGUCGUCGGCAAACUUAAUGAUGGUGUUGGAGUCGUGCCUGGCCAUGCAGUCAUGGGUGAACAGAGAGUACAGGAGGGGACUGAGCACGCACCCCUGAGGGGCCCCCGUGUUGAGGAUCAGUGUGGCAGAUGUGUUGUUACCUACCCUUACCACCUGGGGGCGGCCCGUCAGGAAGUCCAGGAUCCAGUUGCAGAGGGAGGUGUUUAGUCCCAGGAUCCUUAGCUUAGUGAUGAGCUUAGAGGGCACUAUGGUGUUGAAUGCUGAGCUGUAGUCAAUGAAUAGCAUUCUCACGUGGGUGUUCCUCUUGUCCAGGUGGGAAAGGGCAGUGUGGAGUGCAAUAGAGAUUGCAUCAUCUGUGGAUCUGUUGGGGCGGUAUGCAAAUUGGAGUGGGUCUAGUGUUUCUGGGAUAAUGCUGUUGAUGUGAGCCAUGAUCAGCCUUUCAAAGCACUUCAUGGCUACAGACGUCAGUGCUACGGGUCGGUAGUCAUUUAGGCAGGUUAUCUUAGAGUCCUUGGGCACGGGGACUAUGGUGGUCUGCUUGAAACAUGUUGGUAUUACAGACUCAGUCAGGGACAUGUUGAAAAUGUCAGUGAAGACACUUGCCAGUUGGUCAGCACAUGCUUGGAGUACACGUCCUGGUAAUCCGUCUGGCCCUGCGGCCUUGUGAAUGUUGACCUGCUUAAAAGUCUUACUCACAUCGGCUACGGAGAGCGUGAUCACAUAGUCAUCCGGAACAGCUGGUGCUCUCAUGCAUGCUUCAGUGUUGCUUGCCUCGAAGCGAGCAUAGAAGUGGUUUAGCUCGUGUCGUAUCGGGUGAAUGGUGACAAUUAUUGCUGUCAACAAAGAGUCCGUUCAAGCUGCACCGUGUUAGAGGCUUUUAUUAAAAUCACGAGGUUACAGCAUAAGUUACAGACCCGCGGUGUCCGGAGAACGGCUUCCCAGAUUGCCAUGGCCGUUCUGCCCUUUCUGUAGUCUAGCCCCUAUUUAUAAACAAUGCAAAAAGAUGCUCCCUCUUCUGGCCAAUCACCAGUCUCCCCUGUCUACAACACACUUCCUGUCUGUUGUAUGUGACGUUACACUAAAACAUUCCCUUUUGAUACUAACAUAAACAACAUUCCAUUUCUUCAUGAAAAACAUUUAACAAAGACAUAAUCUUCAUAUACGAUACUCGUCUGGUAGGCUUGUGUCACUGGGCAGCUCGCAGCUGUGCUUCCCUUUGUAGUCUGUAAUAGUUUUCAAGCCCUGCCACAUCCGACGAGCGUCAGAGCCAGUGUAGUACGAUUCAAUCUUAGUCCUGUAUUGCCUCUUUGCCUGUUUGAUGGUUCGUCGGAGGUCAUAGCGGGAUUUCUUAUAAGCGUCCGGGUUAGAGUCCCGUUCCUUGAAAGCGGCAGCUCUACCCUUUAGCUCAGUGCGGAUGUUUCCUGUAAUCCAUGGCUUCUGGUUGGGGUAUGUACGUACGGUCACUGUGGGGAUGACAUCAUCGAUGCACUUAUUGAUGAAGCCAGUGACUGAUGUGGUGUACUCCUCAAUGCUGUCUGAAGAAUCCCGGAACAUGUUCCAGUCUGUGCUAGCAAAACAGUCCUGUAGCUUAGCAUCUGCGUCAUCUGACCACUUUUUUAUUAACCGAGUCACUGGUGCUUCCUGCUUUAGUUUUUGCUUAUAAGCAGGAAUCAGGAGGAUAGAGUUAUGGUUAGAUUUGCCAAAUGGAGGGCGAGGGAGAGCUUUGUAUGCGUCUCUGUGUGUGGAGUAAAGGUGGUCUAGAGUUUUUUUUUCCUCUGGUUGCACAUUUAACAUGCUGGUAGAAAUGAGGUAGAACGGAUUUAAGUUUCCCUGCAUUAAAGUCCCCGGCCACUAGGAGCGCUGCAUCUGGAUGAGCAUUUUCCUGUUGAUUUAUGGCCUUGUACAACUCAUUCAGUGCAAUCUUAAUGCCAGCAUUGGUUUGUGGUGGUAAAUAGACAGCUAUGAAAAAUAUAGAUGAAAACUCUCUUGGUAAAUAGUGUGGUCUACAGCUUAUCAUAAGAUACUCUACCUCAGGCGAGCAAAACCUCGAGACUUCCUUAGUAUUUGAUUUUGUGCACCAGCUGUUGUUUACAAAUAUACACAGACCGCCACCCCUUGUCUUACCGGAGUCAGCUGUUCUAUCCUGCCGAUGUAGCGUAUAGCCCGCUAGCUGUAUGAAAUCCAUGUCGUCGUUCAGCCACGACUCGGUGAAACAUAAGAUAUUACAGUUUUUAAUGUCCCGUUGGUAGGAUAACCGUAAUCUUAAGUCAUCCAAUUUAUUUUCAAAUGAUUGAACGUUGGCUAAUAGGAUUGAUGGAAGAGGCAGUUUACUCGCUCGCCGUCGGAUCCUUACAAGGCACCCCGAUCUACGUCCACGAUAUCUCUGUCUCUUCCUCACGCGAAUGACGGGGAUUUGGGCCUUGUCGGGUGUCUGUAUGAUAUCCUUCGCGGCCGCCUCGUUGAAGAAAAAAUCUUCGUCCAAUACGAGGUGAGGAAUCGCUGUCCUGAUAUCCAGAAGCUCUUUUUGGUUAUAAGAGACGAUGACAGAAACAUUAUGUACAAAAUAAAUUACAAAUAACGCGGAAAAACACACAUAAUAGUACAAUUGGUUAGAGGGCUGUAAAACGGCAGCCAUCUUCUACGGCGCUGUCUUCAGGUACAUAUACUGUACUGGAGAACAUUCCUAUACAAUGCAGUAGGUACCCUCAUUCUGAAAUUUUAUUAUCUCUCUCUCUCUCUCUCCUCCGUCUCUACCCUUAUCCCUUACCCCUGCUGGGUAAAAGCUCAGUAGUUAUCUUCUGCCAAAGAGCCAGACUACAACAUUAAAGCAGUAUUAUACAGUGUGGCACGGCAGGGGCAGCGAGAUGCGAACUGCAGCGGUGGCACUUUCCCUCUUCUACCCUCCUCUGCAAGUCCAACCCCCCCCCCCCCCCCCCCCCUCAGGGACCCAUAGAGAGUCAGCACUGAGGAUCUCUAGAUGCCUCCAUGCAUAAAUGUUUAAUAGCAGGGAAAACAUUAGCAUGUGUAAUUAAAACAGUAAUUUAGUCCCAGACGACUAUUAGGAGCCAUGAAAAUCCUCAGGAGUGCGCAGACAGAAAGACAGCGAGGCACAUACACACACACACACACACCUACACACACACACACACACACACACACACCAUACUGCAUGCUUUCUGCUGAAACACAGUAAUUAGUCAUCACUUGAUUGCACUGGAGUUUUAAUUUAGACAAGACGUGGAGCGGAGUACUGAAGUGUGUGGGUGUGUGUGUGUAAUUGUGUGUGUGCGUGUUUGCGUGCAUGUGUGUAUGGCAUGUGUGUGUGUGUGUCUCCUGGUUACUAUGUAUUUAACUGUCAGUCAUGUUUUGUGUCUCUGGCCAGAUCACAUUGGAGUGGAACAGUGAGCAGUGGUAAACAUUGUGUUAAACAUUGGCUGGAUACGUUCAAAUAUUGUCUGAGAUCCCUCUGAGGAUGAUGACUUGCUGUCCUGUUAGCUUACUUCUCGUCUCUGCCUUCAUCGAUCCAUCCAUCCAUCCAUCCUUCUCUCCCUUUCUUCUCCUCUUCCUCUAUUCUCAAGCAUUUCCUCAUUCCUCUCUUUCUCUCUCUCUCUCUCUCUCUCUCUCUCUCUCUCUCUCUCUCUCUCUCUCUCUCUCUCUCUCUCUCUCUCUCUCUCUCUCUCUCUCUCUCUCUCUCUCUCUCUCUCUGUCAUGACUUCCGCCGAGGCUGCUCCCCUCCUGGUUCGGGCAGGCUUCGGCGUUCGUGGUCACCGGAGUACUAGCUACUGCCGAUCCCAUUCUCAUCACUCCACUUGUCAUGUCUUGUCAAUCACACACACCUGGUGCUCAUUCCCCUAAUUAGUAUGUGUAUAAGUGUUCCCUCUGUUCCCCUUGUCUUUGUGAGUGAUUGUUUGUUGUGAGAGCGUGUAGCUCGGUUGAGCUACUCUUCCAUUUGUUUAUGCCAAGGUGGAUGUUUUCCCUUGUAAUAGUUUCGUUUGACGCUUGGAGCGUUUGAUUUAUGUAAACGGAAUAAACUCUGGACUUCAGUAUUUUACCUCCUGCGCCUGACUCCUUCAUUCACACCUCAUCUCUCUCUCUCUCUCUCUCUCUCUCUCUCUCUCUCUCUCUCUCUGUCUCUGUCUCUGUCUCUGUUUCUCUCUGUCUCUCGCUCUUGUGAGAGAAAAAUUAACAUGUAACAUGUUUACCUGCUUUGUCUAAUAUGAAUAGUUAACAAUUAUAUACUUAACAAUUAUAUACUAGCUCCCUGCAGCUAGUCUAGGCAUGUGGUCAAGGAGAUAGGGGUCCUGGAGCUGACAAUUGAUUUAUGAAUGGUUUGGUGAUAAAACCUACAGCUUGUAUUCCAUAGUAUGAGUUGGUGUUUGUGUACUGGAAGGUACCAGGGAUGAGAUGGCUUUGGUAUGGAUAAUGAUGAGAGGAACCUUGUCUUAGGGGCCACACUCUGGUUUCCAUGCAAUAAGAACAGUCUUCACAGCAGAUACUGUCUGCUGUGAAUUAUUCAUUUAUUUCAUACAAAUCCUAACCUUUUGACCUAUUCCACACAUCUGCGGUUUGUCAUGUAGACUAAGAGGGUUGUGCUAUAAAACAUAUUUGUAUUCUUGUACGUCAGAGCUCAAGAGUGUUGGGUCGACCAGCCUCAUUAUUGCAGAGCAGUCACUCCAUUCAUGUGUGUGUUGUGACCUGCUCCCUUAUUAAUAAGUUUAGGAUAAAGUAAUAUCCUGAUUGGUGAUUGACCUUGUCUCUCCCCAUUAUUGAUUAGAAUUUCCAUGACAUUCUCUCUCUCUCUGUCUCUCUGUCUCUCUCUCUCUCUCUCUCUCUCUUCUCUCUUCUGGUCUCUCUCUCUCUCUCUCUCUCUCUCUCUCUCUCUCUCUCUUCUCUCUCUCUCUCUCUCUCUCUCUCUCUCUCUCUCUCUCUCUCUCUAUCUAUCUACUAACCUGUCUCAGACCUUUGGAGGAAAAGCUUUAUUAUCUUUCAUUAAACCACAGUGAUGGUGAAAUGGCUCUGAGGGAUGAUGAUGUGUUUUUACUGUGCUAUCUAAAGUCCUUAUGAGUGUUAUGGGGUCAUGGAUCGCUGUUUCAGUGGUUUAAUGGUUGUGUUGCAUUUGUGUGUUUGUAUGUGUGUGUGUGAAUGUGUGUGUAUGUGUGUAUGUGUAUGUGUGUGUGUGUGUUUAAUGGUUCUGUAUUGUCGGACCCCUGGGAUGGGUGCUACAGGCAAUGUGGAGACCAAAAAGCUCUCUUGCACCUCUCUCGUGGCUCUUCUAUUGCUCUCUUCUUUUUCAAGCUCUAUAUGGUCUGUCUCCUAUCUCUCAGCUCGCUCAGUUCACAGCUGUAUGUCUGUCUCUCUCUAUCUUUUACCAGAUCUGUUGGUCGGUCUCUCUCUCUCUCGAUAAGGUCUCUUCACAGGCUCGUAUGGUCUGUACUCUCUCUCGCUCUCUCUCUUUCACCAGCUCUGUAUGUCUCUCUCUCUUUUACCAGCUCAGUAUGAGUCUGUCUCUCUCUCUCUCUCUCUUUCCACCAGCUCGGUAUGUCUCGCUAUCUCUCUCUCUCUUAUCUCUCUCCUCUUCUAAUCUACUCUCUCCUACUCUAUAUCAACCCAGCUCUGUAAGGGUGUGUCCUCUCUAUCUCUCUCUAUCUCUCUCUCUCUUUCACCAGAUUGUUGUAUGUGUCUGUCUCCCUAUCUCGAUCGCUCUAUGUCAACCAGUAUGUAUGGUGUCUGUCUCUCUCUAGCUCUCCUCAUUUCACCAGACGGUAUGUCUGUCUGUCUGUCUCUCCUCUCUCCUUUCACCAGCCUCUGUAGUUCUGUAUGUCUGUACUCUAUUUCACAGCUCUGUAUGUCUCUCUCGCUUUUACUCUAUCUUCUCUAUCUCUCUCGUCUCUCUCUUCUCAUCAGACUCGUCUGUCGGUCUCUCUCUCUCGCUUCUCCUCUCUCUCUCUCUCUCUUCACCAGCUCUGGAUGUUGUGUAUGUCUCUUCUCGACUCUCUCUCCCUCUCUCCCUCCUCUCUCUCUCUCCAUCAAUUUCAAUUUCAAUUUAAGGGGCUUUCUUUAUUGGCCCAAUGGGAAAAAGGAAUAUGUUACAUGCCAAAGCACAGUGAAAGUAGAUAGUAAACAAAGGGAAAUAAACAAUAAAUAUUAACAGUAAAACAUUACAUCAGAAGUUUCAAAAGAAUAAAGACAUUUCAAAUGUCAUAUUAUGUAUAUCUACACGUGUUGUAAACAAUGUGCAAAGAGUUUAAAGUACAAGUGGGAAAAUAAAAUAAACAUAAAAUAUGGGUUGUAUUUACAAUGGUGUUUUGAUCUUCACUGGUUGCCCUUUUCUUGUGGCAACAGGUCACAAAUCUUGCAGCUGUGAUGGCACACUGUGAUUUUUCACCCAGUAGAUAAGGGAGUUUAUCAAAAUUGGGUUUGUUUUCGAAUUCUUUGUAGAUCGCUUGUAAUCUGAGGGGAAAUUAUGUGUCUCUAAUAUGGUCAUACAUUUGGCAGGAGGUUAGGAAGUGCCAGCUCAGUUUCCACCUCAUUUUGUGGGCAGUGUGACCAUAGCCUGUCUUCUCUUGAGAGCCAGGUCUGCCUACGGCGGCCUUCUCAAUAGCAAGGCUAUGCUCACCUAAGUCUGUACAUAGUCAAAGCUUUCCUUUAAGUUUGGGUCAGUCACAGUGGUCAGGUAUUCUGCCACUGUGUACUCUCUAGGUUAGGGCCAAAUAGCAUUCUAGUUUGCUCUGUUUUUUUGUUUGUUCUUUCCAAUGUGUCAAGUAAUUCUCUUUUUGUUUUCUCAUGAUUUGGUUGGGUCUAAUUGUGUUGUUGUUGUUGUUGUCCUGGGGCUGUGUGGGGUCUGUUUGUGUUUGUGAACAGAGCCCAGGACCAGCUUACUUAGGGGACUCUUCUCCAAGUUCAUCUCUCUGUAGGUGAUGGCUUUGUUAUGGAAGGUUUGGGAAUCAGUUCUUUUAAGUGGUUAUAGAAUUUAACGGCUCUUUUUCUGGAUUUUGAUAAUUAGUGGGUAUUGGCCUAAUUCUGCUCUGCAUGCAUAUUUGGUGUUUUACGUGUGUACACAGAGGAUGUUUUUGCGAAUUCUGCAUGCAGAGUCUCAAUUUGGUUUGUUUGUCCCAUUUUGUGAAUUCUUGGUUGGUGAGCGGACCCCAGACCUCACAACCAUAAAGGGAAAUGGGUUCUAUAACUGAUUUAAGUAUUUUUGGCCAGAUACUAAUUGGUAUGUCAAAUUUUAUGUUCCUUUUGAUGGCAUAGAAGGCCCUCUUCUUGCCAUUGUCUCUCAGAUCGUUCACAGCUUGUGGAAGUUACUGUGGUGCUGAUGUUUAGGCCGAGGUAUGUAUAGUUUUUUGUGUGCUCUAGGGCAACGGUUGUCUAGAUGGAAUUUUUAUUUGUGGACCUGGCAACUGGACCUUUUUUGGAACACCAUUUAUUUUGUCUUACUGAGAUUUACUGUACAGGGCCCAGGUCUGACAGAAUCUGUGCAGAAUAUCUAGGUGCUGCUGUAGGCCCUCCUUGGUUGGUGACAGAAGCACCAGAUCAUCAGCAAACAGAAUACAUUUUACUUCAGAUUCUAGUAGGGUGAGGCCGGGGUGCUGCAGAUGUUUCUAGUUGCCUCGCCAAUUCGUUGAUAUAUAUGUUGAAGAGGGGGGGACUUAAAACUGCAUCCCCUGUCUCACCCCAACGGCCCUGUGGAAAGAAAUGUGUGUGUUUUUUGCCCAAUUUUAACCACCACACAUUGUUUGUUGUGUACAUGGAUUUUAUAAUGUCAUAUGUUUUUCCCCAACCCCACUUUCCAUCAAUUUGUAUAGCAGACCCUCAUGCCAAAUUGAGUCAAAAGCUUUUUGAAAUCACAAAGCAUGAGAAGACUUUGGCCUUUGUUUUGGUUUGUUUGUUUGUCAAUUAGGGUUGUGCAGGGUGAAUACGUGGUCUAUUGUGACGGUAAUUUGGUUAAAAAGCCAAUUUGACAUUUGCUCAGUACAUUGUUUUCACUGAGGAAAUGAAACUAGUUUGCUGUUAAUGAUAAUGCAGAGGAUUUCCCCAAGGUUGCUGUUGACACAUAUCCCACGGUAGUUAUUGGGGUCAAAUUUGUCUCCACUUUUGUGGAUUGGGGUGAUCAGUCCUUGGUUCCAAAUAUUGGGGAAGAUGCCAGUGCUAAGGAUGAUGUUAAAGAGUUUAAGUAUAGCUAAUUGAAAUUUGUGGUCUGUAUAUUUUAUCAUUUCAUUGAGGAUACCAUCAACACCACAGGACUUUUUGUGUUGGAGGGUUUGUAUUUUGUCAUGUAGUUCAUUCAAUGUAAUUGGAGAAUCCAGUGGGUUCUGGUAGUCUUUAAUAGUUGAUUCUAAGAUGUUUAUAUUUUUUUGUAUAUUUUUUUGCUGUUUGUUCUCUGUUAUAGGGCCAAAAUGAUUGGAGAAGUGGUUUACCCAUACAUCUCCGUUUUGGAUAGAUAGCUCUUCGUGUUGUUGUUUGUUUAGUGUUUUCCCAUUUUCCCAGAAGUGGUUAGAGUCUAUGGAUUCUUCAAUUACAUUGAGCUAAUUUCUGACAUGCUGUGUCUUCUUUUUCCGUAGUGAAUUUCUGUAUUGUUUUAGUGAUUCACCAUAGUGAAGGCGUAGGCUCAGGUUUUCUGGGUCUCUAUGUUUUGGUUGGAUAGGUUUCUCCAAUUUCUUUCUUAGGUUUUGCAUUCUUCAUCAAACCAUUUAUCACUCUUGUUACUUUUCUUUGGUUUUCUGUUAUAGAUUUUUUGAUUUGAUAGGGAAGCUGAGAGAUCAAAUAUACUGUUUAGGUGUUCUACUGCCAAGUUUACACCUUCACUAUUACAGUGGAACGUUUUGUCCAGGAAGUUGUCUAGAAUGGAUUGAAUUUGUUGUUGCCUAAUUGUUUUUGGUAGGUUUCAACACUACUUUCCUUCCAUCUAUAGCAUUUCUUAAUAUUAUUUAGUUCCUUUGGCUUUGAUGCCUCAUGAUUGAGUAUUGCUCUGUUCAAGUAGACUGUGAUUUUGCUGUGGUCUGAUAGGGGUGUCAGUGGGCUGACUGUGAACGCUCUGAGAGACUCUGGGUUGAGGUCAGUGAUAAAGUAGUCUUCAGUACUACUGCCAAGAGAUGAGCUAUAGGUGUACCUUCCAUAGGAGUCCCCUCGAAGCCUACCAUUGACUAUGUACAUACCCAGUGUGCGACAGAGCUGCAGGGAGUUGUGACCCGUUUUGUUGGUUAUGUUGUCGUAGUUGUGCCUAGGGGGGCAUAUGGGGGAGGGAAUGCUGUCACCUCCAGGUAGGUGUUUGUCCCCCUGUGUGCUGAGGGUUGUCAGGUUCUUGUCCAGUUCUGGCAUUUAGGUCGCCACAGACUAGUAAAUGUCCCUGGGUCUGGAAAUGAUUGAUUUCCCCCUCCAGGAUGGAGAAGCUGUCUUCAUUAAAGUAUGGGGAUUCUAGUGGGGGGAUAUAGGUAGCACACAGGAGGACAUUUUUCUCUGUUGAGAUAAUUUCCUUUUGAAUUUCUAACCAAAUGUAAAAUGUUCCUGUUUUGAUUAAUUUAAUAGAGUGAGUUAGGUCUGCUCUAUACCAAAUUAGCAUUACCCCCUGAGUCCCUUCCCUGUUUCACACCUGGUAGUUUGGUGGAUGGGACUACCAGCUCUCUGUAACCUAGAGGGCAACCAGUGGGUCCGUCUCCUCUAUACCAUGUUUCUUGUAGGAUGACAAUGUCUGUAUUUCCGAUUUCUUUGGUGAAGUCCAGAUUCCUGCUCUUUAGGCCAAAGGCAGAUGACCUCAGGCCUUGGAUAUUCCAGGAUGAAAUAGUGAGGCUUUGUGUUCCAUAAAGUGUCGAACUGUGUUGGUUGUGGUGGGUUUGGCCUCGGCCGUAAUUGAGCAGAGGACGUGAGCAUCGGUACAUGCCAUUGGCUGGGCUUAGUGUUUGUAAGAGGGGUGUGUUGGGCUGUUUGCUGCUCACGGCCUGGGCGUAUGUGUGACUUUCAUGUUGAGGGCCCUAUUUUGGGAAUGGGGGGAUGGGGGGGGGGACGGGGGGGGAGAGGAGGAGUCGACGGGGGAAUAAAUGGGGCCGGGUGGACUGGGAAUGGGUUGAAGGGCCGGGGGGAGUAAUCUCUGAGCCUGAUCUAGAGAGGAGAGAGAAGAGAGAGACGAACGAGCAGAGAGGACGCGCGCGAGAGAGAGAGAGAGGAGAGAGAGAGAGAGAGAUCUCUCUCUAUCACCAGGAUAUGCUAUGUCUAUAUUAUCUCCGCUCUCUCGUCUCUCUCUCUACUACUUCCUCUCUCUCUAUUCUCUCUCUCUCUUCUAUCUAUCUCUAUCUCUCUCUCUCUCUCUCUCUAUACUCUAUCUCUUCUAUAUAUCUAUAUCAACAGCCCUUGUUAUGUCUCUCUCUCUCUAUCAUAUCUAUCUCUUCUAUCCUCUACUCUCUAUCUACUAUGUCUCUCUCUCUCUGUCUCUCUGCUUCUUCUCUCGUCAUCUCUCUCUCUCUGUGUCUCUCUGUCUCUCUCUCUGUCUCUCUCUCACCAGCUCUGUAUGUCUCUCUCUAUCUUUCUUGCUCACAUACCUCUUAUUAUCUCCUCCAUGCACUCUCUCCUUCAAUGUCUCUUUCUGUCUCUCUCACAUAAUACCUUCUCUCUUUUCUUCUUACAUUUACAUUUGACAUUUUAGUCAUUUAGCAGACGCUCUUAUCCAUAGCGACUUACAGUUAGUCAGUGCAUAAUUUUUUUUUCAUUCUUCCGUCAAUACUGUCCGUAGCUGAUACAAUAGAGCUUGCAGUGAGAGUAUGCUAUUGUGUUGGAAUAGUUGAACAGGGUAAUAGGCACAUCUGAUAGCUUCUGGAAGGUAACACCGGGUGACUCUUUCUUAAUUCAUUCAAUAAUUAAUUAAUGAAUUAAUUCACAUUGAUCUGAAGGACAUAGACAGGUAAAAGAGGCAGACUCCAGACAUCUUUUUCAUAUUUUGUAAAAAAUAAAAUAACACUUUCCACAUAUGAUAUCUGGCCGCACAGCGACCUCCCCAGAGAGUGACCUCAUGAUUGUAUGACUUUCCCACCUAGUAAAAACCAACACUUUCUAUUGGUUGUCUGUCUGGACGUGGAAUACUCCUCUGGUCCUCUGUCUUUGCCUGCUGACAGCGCUUUACUCUUUAACACUAUUGAGUUGCAUCAGCUCUAAGUUAUUAUUUGUAUUUGUAUUUAUCAAGGAUCCCCAGUGUGUGUGCUCUAUCUUCAUUAACCUUAGUCUUUGUAAUUAUAGUUAUUAAGGAUCCCCAUUAGUUCCUGCCAAGGCAGCAGCUACUCUUCCUGGGGUUUAUUAUGGAUCCCCAUUAGUUCCUGCCAAGGCAGCAGCUACUCUUCCUGGGGUUUAUUAUGGAUCCCCAUUAGUUCCUGCCAAGGCAGCAGCUACUCUUCCUGGGGUUUAUUAUGGAUCCCCAUUAGUUCCUGCCAAGGCAGCAGCUACUCUUCCUGGGGUUUAUUAUGGAUCCCCAUUAGUUCCUGCAAAGGCAGCAGCUACUCUUCCUGGGGUUUAUUAUGGAUCCCCAUUAGUUCCUGCCAAGGCAGCAGCUACUCUUCCUGGGGUUUAUUAUGGAUCUCCAUUAGUUCGUACCAAGGCAGCAGCAAUAUUAAGGCAGUUAUAUAAAAUGUUAAAUAUUACAUGACAUCACAUUUCAUAACACUUUACACAACACAUUAAGUGUGUUCCCUCAGGCCACUACUUUACUAACACAUAUCUGCAAUACAAAAUCCAUGUGUACGUGUGUGUAGAGUGCGUCUUGUCAUGUGUAUGUGUGUCUGUGCCUGUGUGUGUGUCUCUUCACAGUCCCCGCUGUUCCAUAAGGUGUAUUUAUAUCUGUUUUUUAAAUCUGAUUCUACUGCUUGCAUCAGUUACAUAGAGCCAUGGCUCUAUGAAGUACUGUGUGCCUCCCAUAGUCUGGUCUUGACUUGUGGAUUGUGAAGAGACCUUUUUUGGCAUGUCUUGUGGGGUAUGCAUGGGUGUUCGAGCUGUGUGCUAGUAGUUUAAACAGACACCUCGGUGCAUUCAGCCUGUCAACACUCUCCUCCACGUUGAGCCAUGACAGAUAUACAGUGAGGGAAAAAAGUAUUUGAUCCCCUGCUGAUUUUGUACGUUUGCCCACUGACAAAGAAAUGAUCGGUCUAUAAUUUUAAUGGUAGGUUUAUUUGAACAGUGAGAGACAGAAUAAAUCAAGAAAAACGCAUGUCAAAAAUGUUAUAAAUUGAUUUGCAUUUUAAUGAGGGAUAUAAGUAUUUCACCCUUCUGCAAAACAUGACUUAGUACUUGGUGGCAAAACCCUUGUUGGCAAUCAGAGAGGUCAGACGUUUCUUGUAGUUGGCCAGCAGGUUUGCACACAUCUCAGGAGGGAUUUUGUCCCACUCCUCUUUGCAGAGCUUCUCCAAGUCAUUAAGGUUUCGAGCCUGACGUUUGGCAACUCGAACCUUCAGCUCCCUCCACAGAUUUUCUAUGGGAUUAAGGUCUGGAGACUGGCUAGGCCACUCCAGGACCUUAAUGUGCUUCUUCUUGAGCCACUCCUUUGUUGCCUUGGCCGUGUGUUUAGGGUCAUUGUCAUGCUGGAAUACCCAUCCAUGACCCAUUUUCAAUGCCCUAGCUGAGGGAAGGAGGUUCUCACCCAAGAUGUGACGGUACAUGGCCCCGUCCACCGUCCCUUUGAUGCAGUGAAGUUGUCCUGUCCCCUUAGCAGAAAACACCCCCAAAGCAUAAUGUUUCCACCUCCAUGUUUGACGGUGGGGAUGGUGUUCUUGGGGUCAUAGGCAGCAUUCCUCCUCCUCCAAACACGGCGAGUUGAGUUGACGCCAAAGAGCUCGAUAUUGGUCUCAUCUGACCACAACACUUUCACCUAGUUCUCCUCUGAAUCAUUCAGAUGUUCAUUGGCAAACUUCAGACGGCCCUGUAUCUGUGCUUUCUUGAGCAGGGGGACCUUGCGGGCGCUGCAGGAUUUCAGUCCUUCACGGCGUAGUGUGUUACCAAUUGUUUUCUUGGUGACUAUGGUCCCAGCUGCCUUGAGAUCAUUGGCAAGAUCCUCCCGUGUAGUUCUGGGCUGAUUCCUCACCGUUCUCAUGAUCAUUGCAACUCCACAAGGUGAGAUCUUGCAUGGAGCCCCAAACCGAGGGAGAUUGACAGUACUUUUGUGUUUCUUCCAUUUGCGAAUAAUGUCACCAACUGUUGUCACCUUCUCACCAAGCUGCUUGGCGAUGGUCUUGUAGCCCAUUCCAGCCUUGUGUAGGUCUACAAUCUUGUCCCUGACAUCCUUGGAGAGCUCUUUGGUCUUGGCCAUGGUGGAGAGUUUGGAAUCUGAUUGAUUGAUUGCUUCUGUGGACAGGUGUCUUUUAUACAGGUAACAAGCUGAGAUUAGGAACACUCCCUUUAAGAGUGUGCUCCUAAUAUCAGCUCGUUACCUUUAUAAAAGACACCUGGUAGCCAGACAUCUUUCUGAUUGAGAGGGGGUCAAAUACUUAUUUCCCUCAUUAAAAUGCAAAUCAAUUUAUAACAUUUUUGACAUGCAUUUUUCUGGAUUUUUUUGUUGUUAUUCUGUCUCUCACUGUUCAAAUAAACCUACCAUUAAAAUUAUAGACUGAUCAUUUCUUUGUCAGUGGGAAAACAUACAAAAUCAGCAGGGGAUCAAAUACUUUUUUCCCUCACUGUACAUAUAUUAAUAUUAGCUCUCCAUGUACAUUUAAGGGCCAGCCGUGCUGCCCUGUUCUGAGCCAAUUGUAAUUUUCCGAUGUCCUUCUUUGUGGCACCUGACCACACGACUGAACAGUAGUCCAGGUGCAACAAAACUAGGGCAUGUAGGACCUGCCUUGUUGAUAGUGUUGUUAAGAAGUCAGAGCAGCGCUUUAUUAUGGAAAGACUUCUCCCCACCUUAGCUACAGUUGUAUCAACAUCUUUUGACCAUGACAGUUUACAAUUCAGGGUUACUCCAAGCAGUUUAGUCACCUCAAGUUGCUCAAUUUCCACAUGAUUUAUUACAAUAUUUAGUUGAGGUUUAGUGAGUGAUUUCUCCCAAACACAAUGCUUUUAGUUUUUGAAUUAUUUAGGACUAACUUAUUUCUUGCCACCCAUUCUGAAUCUAACUGCAGCUCUUUGUUAAGUGUUGCUGUGAUUUCAUUCGCUGUAGUGGCUGACGUGUAUAGUGUUGAUUCAUCCACAUACAUAGACACACUGGCUUUACUCAAAGCAGGUGGCAUGUCAUUAGUGAAGAUUGAAAAAAGUAAGGGGCCUAGACAGCUGCCCUGGGGAAUUCCUGAUUCUACCUGGAUUUUGUUGGAGAGGCUUCCAUUAAAGAACACCCUCUGGGUUCUGUUAGACAGGUAACUCUUUAUCCACAAUAUAGCAGGGGGUGUAAAGCCAUAUCACAUAAGUUUUUCCAUCAGCAGACUAUGAUCGAUAAUGUCAAAAGCUGCACUGAAGUCUAACAAAACAGCCCCCUCAAUCUUUUUAUCAUCAAUUUCUCUCAGCUAAUCAUCAGUCAUUUGUGUAAGUGGCGUUCUUGUUGAAUGUCCUUCCUUAUAAGCUUGUUGAAAGUCUGUUGUCAAUUUGUUUACAGUAAAAUAGCAUUGUAUCUGAUCAAACACCAUUUUUUCCAAAAGUUUACUAAGGGUUGGCAACAGACUGAUUUGGUUGGCUAUUUGAGCCAGUAAAGGGGGCUUUACUAUUCUCAGGUAGCGGAAUUACUUUUGCUUCCGCCCAGGUCAGAGGCACACACUUUCUAGUAGGCUUAGAUUGAAGAUAUGGCAAAUAGGAGUGGUAAUAUCGUCCGCUAUUAUCCUCAGUAAUUUUCCAUCCAAGUUGUCAGACCCCAGUGGCUUGUCAUUGUUGAUAGACAACAAUCAUUUUUUCACCUCUUCCACACUCACUUUACGGAAUUCAAAAUUACAAUGCUUGUCUUUCAUAAUUUGAUCAGUUAUUCUUGGAGUUUGCUAAUCUUUGGAAGCCUUUGGAACUUCGGUUUUUCGAGAUAUGGCUACUGUAUUGUGAUCACUACAUCCAACGGAUUAGGAUACUGCUUUAAAGCUAAUUUCUGCAGCAUUAGUAAAGAUGUGAUCAAUAGAUGUGGAUGAUUUCAUUCCUCUGCUGUUUAUGAAUACCCUGGUAGGUUGACUGAUAACCUGAACCAGGUUGCAGUCACUGGUUACAGUUUGAAGCUUUUUCUUGAGUGGGCAGCUUGAUGAAAGCCAGACAAUAUUUCAAUUACCCAGAAAAUAUACCUCUCUGUUGAUGUCACAUAUAUUUUCAAGCAUUUCACACGUUAUUAUUUUAUAUUGCCCCUUGGACACACACUCACACACUCACACAAUCACACACACAAUCACACACACACUUACACACACACACUCGAACGCUCGCACGCGCGCACACACACACACACACACACAGAGUCCUUGGUGUACUGUAUGUGUGUAUCUGUGGCAUUUUAUGAUGGCAUUGACUUUUGUAUUACUUUUGAUCCCUGCAAAACAGGAAAGAGACCUUGGUAAUAACAUUUAUUUCACAGGAAUGUACAGUCACUUAAAAGCUUUGGAGUCUGUAGCCUUUAGUUCAAGGCUGUAUGGGAGGAAGAGAGAGCCACUUCGAUAGCUCCUGUGUGAAAUACUUUACAAAAUAAAUGUCAUCCCCUUGAACCUGUGAGCUGCUUUGUCUUUGAAAGACGGUUGGAUUAAUUGGAAAAUUAUGAAGUCUGUUUGAGAUAGGUUGUCCUAUUGAAGUUAGAAGGUUGUCUUUCCUUUCCGUGUGUGUGUGUUUGUGCAUCCGUGCGUGUGUGUGUAGAUAUGUUGGAUCAACAGAGAAGGUGCAGAUUGAGUUGGUUUCUGGGAAUUGAUCCCUACUACAACCCCACCCAGUGGUAUUACGACCAACAACUCUCUCUCUUGCACCAAGGACACACACAUCCCUACCCACACAAACACACCCCCCCCCCCCCCCCCCCCCCCCCCCCCCCCCCCGCACACACACACACACACACACACACCCUACCUACACACACACAAAGACCCACCCCCACAAACAUUUUUUUUACAUUGCCAUUUUAAUCAUUUAGCAGACGCUCUUAUACAGAGCGACUUACAAUUAGUGAGUGCAUACAUUUAUAUUGUUAUUUUCACACACUCACAGACACACACACACACACACAGACACACACACACACUCCUCUCCAUCCAUCUCCCUGAAGUGUUUGUUCCUCUCUUGUUACUUUAUGUUCAGCAUUGAGUAAAACGCCAAUUACACUGGCCCAUCACUAGCUGCUACAUACACUGGCCCAUCAAUAGUAGCUACUUACACUGGCCCAUCAAUAGCAGCUAUUUACACUGGCCCAUCACUAGAAGCUACUUACACUGGCCAAUCAAUAGCAGCUACUUACACUGGCCCAUCAAUGUCAGCUACUAACAAUGGCCCAUCAUUAGUAGCUGUUUACACUGGCCCAUCACUAGCAGCUAUCUACACUGGCCCAUCAAUAGCAGCUACUUACACUAGCCAAUCAAAAGCAACUACUUACACUGGCCCAUCAAUAGCAGCAACUUACACUGGCCCAUCAAUAGCAGCUACUUACACUGGCCCAUCAAUAGCAUCUACUUACAGUGUCCCAUUAAUAGCAGCUACUUACACUGGCCCUUUAAUAUAAGCUAAUUACACUGGCCCAUCAAUAGCAGCUACUUACACUGGCCCAUCAAUAGCAGCUACUUACACUGGCCCAUCAAUAGCAGCUACUUACACUGGCCCAUCACUAGAAGCUACUUACACUGGCCCAUCAAUAGCAGGUACUUACACUGGCCCAUCAGUAGCAUGUACUUACACUGGCCCUUCAAGAGCAGCUACUUACACUUGCCCAUCAAGAGCAGAUACUUACACAAGCCCAUCACUAGCAGCUAUUUACACUGGCCCAUCACUAGUAGCUACUUUUUUUUUUUUUUUGGGUGGGGGAUUGAUCAGCUUAAUAUUGCAGAUAGAUUGUAUCUUCUAUCAAUGUAAAUGUCUGCAUCACUUCAAAUCCCCCAUGUUUGUUAUAUAUAAACUCCCCUUUAUUACUUUUCAACCCCGCCAUCCUUUCCCUACUUGGAGUUAAUUAGUGAACAACAAUGCCCAGGUCUCUACUUCCGGUCUAUACUUACUAUCUACACCUUAUGGACACAGUUAAUUUUACAAUAAUUCUAUUAUACAGUGGGGAAAAAAAGUAUUUAGUCAGCAUCCAAUUGUGCAAGUUCUCCCACUUAAAAAGAUGAGAGAGGGCUGUAAUUUUCAUCAUAGGUACACGUCAACUAUGACAGACAAAAUGAGAAAAAAAAUCCAGAAAAUCACAUUGUAGGAUUUUUAAUGAAUUUAUUUGCAAAUUAUGGUGGAAAAUAAGUAUUUGGUCAAUAACAAAAGUUUCUCAAUACUUUGUUAUAUACCCUUUGUUGGCAAUGACACAGGUCAAACGUUUUCUGUAAGUCUUCACAAGGUUUUCACACACUGUUGCUGGUAUUUUGGCCCAUUCCUCCAUGCAGAUCUCCUCUAGAGCAGUGAUGUUUUGGGGCUGUCGCUGGGCAACACAGACUUUCAACUCCCUCCAAAUAUUUUCUAUGGGGUUAAGAUCUGGAGACUGGCUAGGCCACUCCAGGACCUUGAAAUGCUUCUUACGAAGCCUCUCCUUCGUUGCCCGGGCGGUGUGUUUGGGAUCAUUGUCAUGCUGAAAGACCCAGCCACGUUUCAUCUUCAAUGCCCUUGCUGAUGGAAAGAGGUUUUCACUCAAAAUCUCACGAUACAUGGCCCCAUUCAUUCUUUCCUUUACACGGAUCAGUCGUCCUGGUCCCUUUGCAGAAAAACAGCCCCAAAGCAUGAUGUUUCCACCCCCAUGCUUCACAGUAGGUAUGGUGUUCUUUGGAUGCAACUCAGCAUUCUUUGUCCUCCAAACACGAUGAGUUGAGUUUUUACCAAAAAGUUAUAUUUUGGUUUCAUCUGACCAUAUGACAUUCUCCCAAUCCUCUUCUGGAUCAUCCAAAUGCACUCUAUCAAACUUCAGACGGGCCUGGACAUGUACUGGCUUAAGCUGGGGGACACGUCUGGCACUGCAGGAUUUGAGUCCCUGGCGGCGUAGUGUGUUACUGAUGGUAGGCUUUGUUACUUUGGUCCCAGCUCUCUGCAGGUCAUUCACCAGGUCCCCCUGUGUGGUUCUGGGAUUUUUGCUCACCGUUCCUUGUGAUCAUUUUGACCCCAAAGGGUGAGAUCUUGCAUGGAGCCCCAGAUCGAGGGAGAUUAUCAGUAUGUCUUCCAUUUCCUAAUAACUGCUCCCACAGUUGAUUUCUUCAAACCAAGCUGCUUACCUAUUGCAGAUUCAGUCUUCCCAGCCUGGUGCAGGUCUACAAUUUUGUUUCUGGUGUCCUUUGACAGCUCUUUGGUCUUGGCCAUAGUGGAGUUUGGAAUGUGACUGUUUGAGGUUGUGGACAGGUGUCUUUUAUACUGAUAACAAGUUCAAACAGGUGCCAUUAAUACAGGUAACGAGUGGAGGACAGAGGAGCCUCUUAAAGAAGAAGUUACAGGUCUGUGAGAGCCAGAAAUCUUGCUUGUUUGUUAUUGACCAAAUACUUAUUUUCCACCAUAAUUUGUAAAUAAAUUCAUUCAAAAUCCUACAAUGUGAUUUUCUGGAUUUUUUUUUCUCAAUUUGUCUGUCAUAGUUGAAGUGUACCUAUGAUGAAAAUUACAGGCCUCUCUCAUCUUUUUAAGUGGGAGAACUUGCACAAUUGGUGGCUGACUAAAUACUUUUUUUCCCCCACUGUACACUGGCCCCUCACUCGCAGCUACUUACAUUGGCCCAUGAAUAGCAGCUACAUACACUGGCACAUCAAUAGCAGCUACUUACACUGGCCCAUCAGUAGCAGCUAUUUACACUGGCCCAUCAAUAGCACUUACUUACACUCGCCCAUCAAUAACAGCAACUUACACUGGCCCAUCAAUAGCAGCUACUUACACUGGCCCAUCACUAGACAUUACUUACACUGCACAUCAAUUUCAGCUAAUUACGCUGGCCAAUCAAUAGCAGCUUCUUCCACUGUCCCAUCAAUAGCAGCUACUAACACUGGCCCAUCACUAGCAGCUACUUACACUGGCCCAUUCUCUAGCAGCUACUUACAGUGGCCCAUCAGUAGCAUCUACUUACACUGGCCAAUCAAUAGCAGCUACUAACACUGGCCUAUGAAUAGCAGCUACUGACACUGGCCUUUCACUAAAGCUAUUUAUACUGGGCCAUUGCUAUUAGCUACUUACACUGGCACAUUCUCUAACAGCUACUUACGCUAACCCAUCAACAGCAGAUACAUACACUGGCCUUUCAAUAGCAGCUACUUACACUGGCCCAUCAAUAGCAGCUACUUACACUGGCCCAUCACUAGUAGCUACUUACACUGGCCCAUUCUCUAGCAGCUACUUACAUUGGCCCAUCAGUAGCAGCUAUUUACACUGGCCCAUCACUAGUAUCUACCUACACUGGCCAAUUCUUUAGCAGCUACCUAUGCUGGCCCAUCAAUAGCAGGUACUUACACUGGCCCAUCUCUAGCAGCUAUUUACAUUGGCCCAUCACUAGUAGCUACUUACACUGGCCCAACACGUACAGCUACUUACACUGGCCGAUCAGUAGCCGCUACUUACACUGAACCAUCAAUAGCAGGUACUUACACUUUCCCAUCAAUAGCAGCUACCUACGCAGUUCCAUCAAUAGCAGGUACUUACACUGGCCCAUCUCUAUUAGCUAUUUACACUGGCUCAUCACCAGUAGCUACUUACAGUGGCCCAUUCUCUAGCAGCUACAAACACUGGCCCAUCAAUAGCAGCUACUUCACUGGCCAAUCAAUUGCAUCUACUUAUACUGGCCCAACACUAGCAGUUACUUACACUGGCACAUCAAUAGCAGCUACGACACUGGCCUAUCACUAGCAGCUUUUUGUACUGGCCCUUCACUAUUAGCUACUUACACUGGCCCAUCAAUAUCAGCUACUUACACUGGCCCAUCACUAAAACCUAGUUACACUAGCCCAUCAAUAUCAGCUUCUGACACUGGUCCAUUACUAGCAACUACUUAUACUGGCCCGUCAGUAGCACCUACUUACAGUGGCCCAUCAAUACCAGCUACUUAUACUGGCCCCUCACUAGCAGCUGCUUACACUGGCCCAUCACUAUCACCUAGUUACACUAGCCCAUCAAAAUCAGCUACUUACACUGACCAUCAGUAGCAGCUACCUACACUGGCCCAUCAAUAGCAGCUACUUACACUGCCCAUCAAUAUCAGCUAAUUACACUGGCCAAUCAAUAGCAGCUUCUUUUACUGGCCCAUCAAUAGCAGCUACUAACACUGGCCCAUCACUAGCAGCUGUUAACACUGGCCCAUCAAUAGAAGCAACUUCCAAUGGCACAUCAAAAGCAGCUACUUACACUGGACCAUCACUAGCAGCUACUUCCAAUGGCACAUCAAUAGCAGAUACUUACACUGGCCCAUCACUAGCAGCUACUUACGCUGGGCCAUCAAUAGCAGCUACUUACACUGGCAAAUCAAUAGCAGCUAGUUACACUGCCCCAUCACUAGCAGCUACUUACAGUGGCACAUCAAUAGGAGCUUCUAACACUGGCCCAUCAAUAGCAGCUAUUAACCCUGGCCCAUCACUAGCAUCUACUUACACUGGCCCAUAACUAGCAGCAAUUUACACUGGCCCAUCACUAUCAGUUCCUUACACUGGCCCAUCACUAGUAGCUACUUACACUGGACCAUCACUAGGAACUAAGUACAGUGGCCAAUCAAUAGCAGCUACUUACACUGCCCCAUCAAAAUCAGCCACUUACACUGCCCAUCAAUAUCAGCUUAUUAUGCUGGCCAAUCAAUAGCAGCUUUUUACACUGUCCCAUCAAUAGCAGCUACUGAAACUGGCACAUCACUAGCAGCUGUUAACACUAGCGCAUCACUAGAAGCAACUUACACUGGCCCAUCAAUAGCAGCUACUUACACUUGCCCAUCAAUAGCAGAUACUUACACAAGCCCAUCACUAGCAGCUAUUUACACUGGCCCAUCACUAGUAGCUACUUACACUGGCCCAUUCUCUAGCAGCUACUUACACUGGCCCAUCAAUAGCAGCUACUUACACUGGCCAAUCAAUAGCAUCUACUUAUACUGGCCCAUCACUAGCAGCUACUUACACUGGCCCAUCAGUAGCAGCUACUUACACUGGUCUGUCAAUAGCAGCUACUUAAACUGGCCCAUCAAUAGCAGAUACUUACACUGGGCCAUCAAUAGCAGCUACCUAAACUGGCCCAUCACUAGUAGCUACUUACACUGGACCAUUACUAGGAACUACGUACAGUGGCCCAUCAAUAGCAGCUACUUACACUGGCCCAUCACAAGAAGCAACCUACACUGGCCCAUCAAUAGCAUCUACUUUCACUAG